AUGGACGAUCUCGCCAAGUGCAUUCGCAUUAUGCCCACAUCGGGGCAAUUGUUCACAGCUCAGGCGCCUUUGCUACCGGUAUUUUUCUUGGGUUUGCUUGCUACUAAUCCUGCGCACAAGGAGGUAUCAAGAGCCUGGUUCCAACAAGUCACAAACACGCCAGUUCGAAGUAGUGUGCCUCCAUUGUACAAUACGCUCAAAAGAAUCUGGAAAUGGAUCGACAACGAUGUAAACCUCCAGCUCGGAACAACUCCUGUUCCCGAAUCUCUCGGCCAGCGAUGUCCUUGGUGGGAACACCUCGUCAAGAGGGUUGGCGAAGAGGAAGAUGAGACUCUUUGCCUGACUUAA